CAUUUUCCCUCUCAGACUGUGUGAGAACGAGUAGAAUCGCAUCUCUCAGCCCGGGAAGCGAUUCAUACUCUCCAAGUGGACGCGCGUCGGUUUGGUUCCAGAACCCGGUUGAUUCGGCACUGACCGCGCGUCUGUCCGUCUGUCUUUCAGCGAGAUAACGGACUUGCACAUGGUCUAUGGUAAUGGGACCAUAAAGGGAAAAAAAUUCCAUCGCAUUAAAUAAAUAAAAAACUGACAAGGGUAGUAAGCAAAUACGUGAAGAUAUCUCACUGAUAGAUGGGCAUGGAGACGCGUAGAGGAGAUAAGAUAUAACAGACUGGACAAGAGGACGCAUCCGGGAUUUAUUUCUCAACUUGAAAUAAAUCGUUUUAAAGGAGUUAUAGCAUUUUUCCAGGUAUAUUUCUGACUGUUCCAUGCAAGCAUGAGCCGAAAAGAGAUGAGGUUCUGUUCAGGAUGCUGGAGCGCGCUGAUGCUCUCUGUCCUUCUGGUUGUCUUCUUGAUACCGGUGUUUGCGCAUGGAAACUCUGUGGUGGGGAAUGAGACUGAGGAUUAUAUUGCUGUUAAUGUGACCGCCAUGCCUACUGAGGGUGAGGAGAAGGUGAUUUUGUCAAGAGCCACAGAUCUGACUCUUCAAACCAGACGUAAACCCAGAGAAGAGGAAGUAGGCAGUGGCAUGCUGGAAGAGAUUAUUUCACCAACUCCUGGUACAAGUGAGAUGGCCACGACCAGCUUGACAGGCCUAGAGAUCAGCCCUGACUCUGCCGAGACUGACCACUUGCUACCCCAUGAGCCAGUCAAUAAAUUAAUUGGUGACGAGGAACAUGAAGAGAAAGACGAAGUGACACAGCAUGUACCCACGCAGCCACCCCGGCAGGCUAAAGGAGACAUGGAGACCACUGUGUUUGACCUGGACCACGAAGACCAUGAAUCUCCCACAACCCCGCCCCCUACACCCCCCCCUUCACCCGUGGACGUCACCGUAGAUUUCUUCGACUCUGGUUCUCGUCGCAAGAACCUAGACCUUCCAUCUCUGUCCCCCCAUGAGCUUCAGGGCCGUGACCCCACCUCCUGGGCAAUAUCGGAAAACUACGAGUACAUGACGCCCUAUGAUGACAGCGUGUUGCCCACUACAGAGGAUUACUCCUACAGCAGUACUACUGACUCUUAUGAUGAUGAUCUCUACACCACUCCUUCCUCCAAGACAUUAAGCCCACAUUUGCCCUUCAACCCUGGUAACACGCAAACAAAAGGGUCCACUGUAGAGGAGGAACGCCGUGCUCCCCCUGGUGUGGUUGACUCUGUAAAUGGCUCGGACUGUCGGCAGGGCUUUGUCCGUAGCAACGGCACCUGCAAGUCCCCAUGUGACCUGAAGCCCAACUUCUGCCUCAACGGAGGUCAGUGCUAUGUCCUGGAGGGAACUCAGAUGUUCUGCAGGUGCAACAUUCAGGACUACAUGUGGCACAAGGGUGCCCGCUGUCAGUCGGUCAUCACAGAGUUCCAGGUGAUGUGCAUCGCCAUUGGGGCCACUGCUCUCAUGGUGCUGCUGCUCUUCAUGAUCGUUGUUUGCUUCGCAAAGAAGCUGCAUGUGCUCAAGACUGAGAAUAAGAAGUUGCGCAAGCGCAGCAGUAAGUACCGUCCUUCCUCGGAGCACCACAACGAUAAUUUCUCGUUGUCCACCAUCGCUGAGGGCUCCCAUCCAAAUGUAAGGAAACUUUGCGACACCCCUCCUAACCUCCCUCAUGCCCGUGCUUUGGCUUACUAUGAUAACAUUAUCUGUCAGGAUGAUCCUAAUGCCCAGAACAAGCUGGAGGACCCCGUGAAGGCCCCCCCGCCCAAAGAGGACGAGUCGCUGAACAUCCAGAACUCGCUCACCCCUAAGCACGAGAACCAUAAGGUGCCGGGCGAGGAGAACUCCUCGGAGGUAAACUCGCUACAGAACAACAUGAUGUAGAACAGCAGAAAAAACACCCCAUGCAACCACGUCCACAAUCACUUAAAGCAUCGAUCAACAGAUGCUACGAGCAGCCACUUUCACCACACACCAUCACCACAUGACAGAAAACUUUGAAAACCCCGCCCUCGCCCCACUCAGCCUCCGCCUCCUACCCUGCCCCUUGUUGCAGUCUUUUUGCCCUGUAGUCGACCCACCCCUGACCCGGCCCUUAUAUAUUCACACACACCUGCCCCUGCCUAACUGAAUUAUGGCAUGCGUUGGUGUAUAUUGUAAAAAGAAGAAAAAAAUAUUCGGGUUUAAAAUGUAAAACUUUGUCAUUAAAGAAAAAGCUACUGAGAGGUUUUGAUGUUUGUCUGACUAAUUCAGUGAGUAUGUAUAAAUAUAUGAAAAAAAAACUUGGAUUGAUAUUAAGAAGAAAAAAAAAACAAUGUGUCUUUGUUUUGAUGUGAUUUCUAAUCCUUUGAUGUACUUGUUUUAUUUUGUACUUUUUUGGAAAUAUAUACUACAAACAGAAAAAAUUCUGACAGCUGUUGAAAUAAACCUUUUUAACAUUAAA